AUGAGCUCUUCGACCAUCCUCGAAGAUGACACGGAGGAGAAACACUUGUCGGCCUCGAGGCCAGAGAUAAUCCGAGUCCAGUCGAACGUGGAAAAGGCUAUUGACGCAGAGGCAAAUGUCAACAUCACACUCGCUUCAGAUCAGGCACCUUUGGGCGAGGGAGAUCGUGUCGACCCGGGGCCCCCUCCAAAUGGUGGCUUUACUGCGUGGAUGCAAGUGGUCGGCUCCUUCUUCCUCUUCUUCAAUUCCUGGGGUACUGUCAAUGCCUUUGGCGUUUUCCAAACCUAUUACGAGACGAACCCGCUAUGGCAUGCUUCACCGAGCGAUAUCUCGUGGAUCGGGUCCAUUCAAGCCUUCCUGCUGCUGCUCGUCGGGCUGGUGUCAGGUCCCUUGUAUGAUUCGGGCUACUUUCGAGAGCUGAUCACGAUCGGGGCGAUUCUCGUGCCCUUGGGGUUCAUGAUGACCUCGCUGGCCAAGGAGUAUUGGCAGACGAUGCUGGCCCAGGCAUUCUGCGUCGGCGUCGGCAACGGGUGCGUCUUCGUCCCCUCGGUCGCCAUCCUCCCCCAGUACUUCUCCUCGCGCAAGGCCCUGGCCAACGGGCUAGCCGCGUCCGGCUCAAGCCUAGGCGGUCUGAUCUACCCGAUCGUGUUCCGGCGCAUGCAGCAGGAAGUCGGGUUUGCGUGGGCGACGCGCACCAUCGGCUUCAUCUCGUUGGUGACGGUGUGGUUCUCGGUGCUGGUGAUGAAGCCGCGCGUCCUGCCGAAGCAAAGGCGGCCGUUGACCGACCUCGCCGCGUUCAGAGAGCUGCCUUAUGUGCUCUUCUGCGUCAGCAUGUUCUUUGGCUUCGUCGGCCUGUACGGACCUCUGUACUACAUCGGUCCGUACGCGAUCCAGAACCACAUCACGGGCGAGAACCUGGGCUUCUACCUGCUCCCCAUCAUCAACGCGGCCAGCAUCCUCGGCCGUAUCAUCCCCAAUAUCUUCGCCGACAGGAUCGGCCCCUUGAACGUGCUGGUCCCCUGCGCCAUCAUCGCGGCCGUGCUGGCCCUGGCGUGGAUCGGCAUCAAGUCCCUCGGCGGCCUCCUUGCCUUUGCCCUCAUCUACGGCUUCUUCAGCGGCGGCUUCGUCUCGCUGCCCCCGGUCGCCAUCGUCACCCUGACUCGCGACAUGAGCAAGAUCGGCACCCGCAUGGGCCAGUGUUUCUUCAUCAGCGCCUUCGGCCUCCUCGUCGGCACCCCGGUCUCGGGCGCCAUCCUCAAGGGCACCGGCGAGUGGUUGGGCGUGCAGCUUUGGAGCGGCGCCGCCAUCCUUGUCACCGGGGCUUUGAUGCUCUGGGCCCGUGUGUCCGUCGCCGGCUGGGCUCCUUUUAAACGUGUCUGA